AUGGGCAAGAGAGCACGUGCGACACAAAAGAGAUCAGAGAUGAUCAAUGACUAUCCAGGCAUGGCUUCUUCGGGACAAAGUAACCUUGCCAGGGGCGAUCGAUCUUCGACUCUUGCAGGCGAGACUGACAGGCGAAAGUGCUGCUUGACCGGACGCAAGGAACGAUGA